CGGGUCAAGCAGCCGGUCCAGCCGGAAGGAGCUUGGCGAGGGUCUGGUUGGUCUCCACUCAUCUCUUUUAAUCUUGAAGACUUCAAAAUAUACCUGGAUCUACCAUUUUUUUUGAAAACUCCAAUACCAAGCAAUCAAUGACCCACCGUGCUCUUGUUAUAAUAUAGAAGCUUUUCAGUUCUCCAACUCUAAACAAGAUUUUCUCCCAUUUUCCCAUGAAGCCACAUUGUUGUUUAUUCACUUUAGUGGUGAGUGUUACUGUGCCAGCUGCUUUUGCUUUGGAAGAUGUAGGCUUCAACCAAAUGACCCCUCUGGGAGCAAAUCAUAGUUCUUCCAAUGCAUCAUUUCUCCCAAGUUUUGAACUCUCAGCAGAUUCCCACUCAGGUGAUGAUGUCAUCAUAGCCAGAGAGGGAACUAGUGUUUCAAUUGAGUGUCUUCUCACAGUCGACCACUAUGAAGGUGUCUAUUGGUACAACUCAAAAGGACAGCAGCUGGAUAACAGAGGCAGAGGUGGAAAAUGGUUGGUUUCUGAUAACUUCCUGAAUAUCACGAACAUAGCCUUUGCUGACCGUGGGCUCUAUACAUGUUUUAUCACGUCUCCGAUCCGUGCCUCCUACUCGGUCACCCUGCGUGUUAUCUUCACCUCGGGAGACAUGAGUGUCUACUACAUGGUUGUUUGCCUGAUUGCCUUUACAAUCACUCUCAUCUUGAAUGUCACACGGCUGUGCAUGAUGAGCAGCCAUCUUCGUAAAACUGAGAAAGCCAUCAAUGAAUUCUUCCGAACUGAAGGGGCAGAGAAACUUCAGAAGGCCUUUGAGAUCGCAAAACGCAUCCCCAUCAUCACCUCAGCCAAGACUCUGGAGCUCGCCAAAGUCACACAGUUUAAAACCAUGGAGUUUGCUCGUUAUAUUGAAGAACUGGCAAGAAGCGUCCCUCUGCCACCUCUUAUUCUAAACUGUCGGGCCUUUGUAGAGGAGAUGUUUGAGGCUGUGCGAGUGGAUGACCCUGAUGACAUGGGAGAAAGAAUUAAAGAGAGACCUGCCUUGAAUGCUCAGGAUGGCAUCUUUGUCAUUAACCCAGAGAUGGGCCGGAGUAAUUCACCAGGAGGAGAUUCGGAUGAUGGUUCCCUGAGUGAACAAGGCCAGGAGAUAGCAGUUCAGGUUUCUGUCCACCUUCAGUCAGAGACCAAAAGUAUUGAUACAGAUUCUCAAGACAGCAAUCAUUUCAGCCCGCCUGAUGAUACAGGACCUGCUGAAUUGAACUCUAACUACAAAGAUGGGGCAUAUGAAAGCUGCCAGCUGUGAGCUACCCCAGUACCUACAAAAAUGGCUCUCAGAAAAGGAACCUGUUUCAUGCAGGAAAUAACAUUUUUACCAAAAGAUAAGUAGGACUUUCCCCUUGCUCAUAUUAAGCACAUCAGGACAUGAAUUGUUACCAAAAUCUUUCUAAAAAUUCAGUGUUUUCCCUAUCUGAUCUUUCUCAGUCAUUUACCGUGAGCUUGAUUAAAUGACACAUGUUGAGAUUUAAAGGGGCCUGAGACAUCAGCCUAAUGGGGAAAGUACCACACCCAGAAUUACAUGGCUUCUCUUCUGGUCAUGGUUCUUCCAUUGUUAGGGCUGACACUUAUCUUUAGGCCUCAGUUUUCCCACUAACAAGAUGAGGGAUUUGCACUGGAUGAUAUAUAAAGACAUUUCUGGCCCUCUAACUUCUUACCUGCCACCUUUAAACCAAAAGAAUCUUCAGCCCAUUUCUGAAUAAACAGUUCCCUAGACUUUGAGUCCCUUUUUAUGGAAAGGACCAAGCUGAAACUUUGUGAUUUGGAUUCCCACACCAAUGCUAUGCAUAGAGGUGUGGGUGUUUUUCAGAUGUCUUGCUGGUGGAGCAUACAGUUGUAUAUGCUAGGUUGAAUGCCUCCAGUGUAGCCCAUGUCUGUAUCGUUAUACAGAUACCGGGGAGCUAACUGCUCAUUAGUAAGCUACUUUCCAUGAGUAAAUUGGAACUUGUGGGGGUGUAUCAUGUCUUUUUAACUUACUGAGGCAUCAUUUAGCUCAUUGAGCCGGCAGUGAUUUCCCAACUGUUCUCCAAAAGUGAACAGUUUGUUCCUAAAGAAUAAUGUCUUCAUUGUUUUUAGAAUAAGAAACAAUGUCAAAUCAUCUGUGUCUGGUAAAUUAAUGGAUUUUGACAUUUCUGUUCAUAGAAUUUCUCAGGCUUUCCCUGUUUAAAAGUACUGGACUCUAUGAGAUAGUUCUGUGUUUGGGAUCCCAUUCCAGGAGAAAACCCACAGCUGAAUUCCUCUUUAGACCUCUGUCAACACUCUUGCCCUCCGUGGUCUUUAAUAUGGUGCUAAAGGUUGCAUGCCUCCUUAUCUUGUUCAUCUUGUUUAUAUUUUAUUGUUGAGGUUUUUAUUUUUGUGUACUUCAGGUGUAGAAUUUUGAGCUAGGGCUGCUUUUGUGGCCUUUCCGAGAAGCACUAACCUGAAAUAAGAUUAGAUAAUGGUGUGUGGUGUAUGUUACUAUAUUAAAUAUAUAGAUACUAAUACAGAUGGAUAUAUAUAUACACACAUACAGAUGAUCUAGACAUAAAGAGGGAGAAAACUUAUGAGGGAUGCCACCUGAUUCAACUGUGUAUAAUAAACACUUAGGACAGUAUUUCUUGCCUGGCUGAGAUCUGAUGUAAUGGAAUUGUACAUACUCUUCAGAAUAAUUUCUUCAGCUACAGUAAGCUUGGCGUCAUAUAAUUUUAAGAACUUGGCAGUGGAGCUCCAUGUGCUUCACGUUUCUUCAUUUGGCUUCUGAUUACUGAAGCAUCACUUGAACAGAGGUUCCUGAGAGAAAUGUUUGGGGGAGGUUUUUAUCAGGAUUUUAAUUUCAAAUGGAGGAAGGCAGGAAAUUCGAAGUGUGACCAGAUUGAACUCCUUUCUCCUUUGUGAAGGCUUAUCAGAAGUAAUACAUCUGCUCUCGAUAGCAUGAAUGAAUCGAUGUGCAGUUUUAUCAGAUGGCAUUACAGAUAAUGAUAAUGCUGCCUUUUCUGUCUCUCAGGCUGUUUCCAUGGAAACCUCCAGAGCCAAACAAAAGCUACCCGUCAUUUAGCCAAAGCUUGUCUUGGCUCAUAGACCUGUAUUUCUUUAAAGAACACUGUUUUCAUACAUUUGGCUAUGAGAGCAAGGGCUCUUGAACAUGCCCUAGAUUAUAGAACACUUUUUCCCUUCCCAGAAUGUUUCUCUUGAAAAUGUAAAAAAUUUUUAAAUCCCUUGUCUGAGGUCUGUCCCCUGAAUGUCCCUCAGAUCUUUAGAUAGCACCUUGCAACCUGUCCCAAUAUAGCAGGUUUGGGGUCAUUUUUAGAAUGUAGCUUGUCACAUUAAAGAGAAUGGAUUUAUCCCACAUGUUCUCAUAACAGACAUGGGCAUUUGGGACCUUAAUGUAGACAUAUUUAAUGAUCAAAGUCCUGAGAAACAGGGCUUUGGAAAAAUACAAGAAAUAUUGGGAAAAAAAUAAGUUUGCACAAUACUAUAUAACAAGUAUAGGCUACUCCAGUGUAUCCUAGAUAAAUCACUUUAGAAAUGUAACGGUGACUUAAUUUGGUGGCCAAAGUAACUGUAUUACUUUGAAUAUUCCAGGUUAAGGUGCCACUGAUAAGGAAUUAAAGUAGGUCAAAAUUUAAGUGGAGCUGGCAUUACUUUCUAAAUCUAGUUGUUCAGAGGAAGAAAACCACACUCACUAACAUUUUCUGUAGCUAAUCAAAUACUCUUCAUAUAUUAUUAAUACUCAUGCUGUCUUUUUGUAAAAUCCUUAACCUUUUGAACUUAAACUCCAGUAACAGUCUUUUGACAAUAGUGGUAGUGUAAUUAUCCUUCUGUCUUGCUAGAUUUUAUGGUUAGUGAAAAUGCCUUUACUCAACAAACUGUAUUUGAAAUAGUUAUGUCAUCUCAUUUACAAAUUCUGUCUUGUAUUGUGAUUUAAUGAACCUUACUGUCCUUAUGAAAUGAAAUGGUGGCUUUGUGAAAUAAAUUUACCAAAAAUAGACAUGUGAACAUUUUUAGAGAUUCCUUACCAGCUGAAAUCAGACAGACAGGCAUCUUUUGAGCUGAUACCGCGAUUAGUUUAUAGGCAGUUUGAUAAGCCUGUCCUCAAAGUCGCAUCCGUUCUGAUAGUUUAGUUCUUGAGUCUGGCCCAGUGAGCGUUUAUAUUUCCUACCAACUACCUUGAUAUAAAUAUCUUGGGAGUCGCUGACCUGGAAUGGUUUGAGGAGGCUCCCGGCUUCUUCACCUCACUUACCACGUAUUUUAAAGUCGAAAUACCCAGCUUUCCUUUUGUCCUCCAGCCACAGUGAA